AUGAGUUUAGUAUAUGGUUUAGUAGCUCGUGGGCCUAUUAUUCUCGCAGAGUAUACAAACUCUUCCGGGAAUUUUACUCAAGUGACACAGGCGAUUCUUGAAAAAAUCCCCCCAAACAAUUCGAAGUUAACUUAUGUUUAUGAUAGAUAUCUAUUUCAUUAUAUUUGUGAGGAUGGCCUCACUUAUAUGUGUAUGGCUGAUGAUAGCUUUGGACGUCGAAUACCUUUUGCCUUUUUGCAAGACAUUAAAGAACGGUUUCUGGCCACUUAUUCCAAAGAUCGGGCUAAUACUGCGUUGCCAUAUGGAAUGAACGAGUUUUCAAAGGUUAUCGCUAAUCGAAUGGAAUACUUUUCCACUAAUCCAAAUGCCGACCGAAUCAAACAAGUGCAUGGUGAAAUCGAGCAAGUUAAAGAUGUGAUGGUGCAUAAUAUCGAACGUGUUUUGGAACGAGGAGAAAGGAUCGAACUUCUCGUGGACAAAACUGAUAAUCUGAAUCAACAAGCGUUUGCCUUCAGGAAACGUAGCACGGCUUUGAAGAUCAAUGUGGUGGAAGAAUACAAAACUAAUGAUUCUCUUGAUAUUUGUUAUUAUUGUAAGUAG